AAUUCUGUUCUGUAGCGUUGAGUGGCUAAUCGUGGACGAAGCAGAUAAACUCUUUGAAGAUGGAACAAGAUCUUUCAAAGAUCAACUGGAAGCAAUUUCCAAAGCAUGUACAAAUGAGAAUCUAAAGACGGCGAUGUUUAGUGCAACUAGUACCACCGUUGUCACUAAAUGGUGCCGACGUAAUUUGAAAAGACUUGUAACAAUUACCGUCGGGCACAGAAAUGCUGCAACUGAUUUAGUAGAACAGGAACUUUUGUUCGUUGGUGCAGAGAGAGGCAAACUCGUAGCACUUAGAAAUAUAAUCCAAAAGGGAAUACUGCCACCGGUAUUGGUAUUUGUACAGAGCAAAGAAAGAGCGCAAGAAUUAUUUAACGAGCUCAUAUACGAUGGCAUUAAUGUCGACGUCAUUCACGCUGAUAGGACACAAACGCAGCGAGAUAACGUUGUCCGCUGCUUUAGAGAAGGGAAGAUAUGGGUUUUGAUAUGUACAGAAUUAAUGGCGAGAGGUAUCGAUUUCAAGGGU